ACCAAUACUAGUAGUUAAGUUUGUUCACAACUGGGAGUGCAACACUUCGGUUUGACCAUCGUAUAUUAAAUGUUGCUUCUUUAUCGCAGUGUUUAAGUGUUUAUGCACUGCCUGUGAAGCAUUGCAGGUGUGCAGGCACGACGAGAAUGUCUGUAUUCUUUAUGUCUUACUGAGGCUUAUUGGGAACUAUCCAAACAAAAGGCUGAUCUUGUCUUUUUAAGCUGUCAGCCCCAUGACAUCGGCCCGCUAAAUGUCAUACUUUGACAUUUCACAUCUGAUCCAAUGAACUCAAGGGAAGGACUACACCAGUUCAUACAGUAAUUAAAGGUAAACUUACAGGUAAUAUUCAAAUGGGACCGACACAAGACGCCCCGCUGACCUCCACGCCAGUCCGCAACUCCUCCAAAGACUUCCUGUCCAACAUCUCCAGAACAAAAGAAGUGGAGCCAGAAAGCAGCAAAUUCACCAAUGAGUUGGAGACAUCAGAGGUAGAUUCAUCAUGCUGCCAAUCAACAUCUGUAAAAGAACUUGCUCCCGCUUCCCCGAUAAGAAGACUUAGAAAUAGGGUGGUGAGAGAGCAAAUACAGACUCGCAGCCAAACCAGAAGAACUCCAGCCAAGCGCAAGCGAGGCAGGACGCGGAAUGUGCAGAUGGGGAAUUUAAAGAAGAAAACCACAUCUGAGUCAUCGGGGCACUCCACGCCUGAUGCUGCAGAGCAAGAAGACUCUGUACUGUCUUCAGAUCUGUCAAUAGAGCUGAGUCACCAUGAGGAACAGGUGCCAUCUUUGUUCUGCCAGGAUGAUAAUCCUAGUGAGGAGGACGAGGAGCUACCCAGUUUUUUGAUGCAGCAGGAGAAAAAUCCUCCAGCCAUUACAGGAGGAGCGUUUGUGUGGUACAAAUAUAGAAGUUACCCAUUCUGGCCUGCAUCGGUAAAAAGUGUGAACCGUAAGCAGAAAAAAGCGAGCAUCAUAUUCAUUGAUGACCCAUUGAUUCACCAAAAGAAAGGGUUGGCUGUGGCUCUGAAAACCCUGAAGCCUUUUGGCUGUGAAGAAGAUCAUGAGCUGGAGUGUAAAGCCAAAGAAAAGUAUAAUGCCGCAAUUGAGUGGUCCUUGGAUCUUAUAACAGACUACAGAAUAAAGAUUGCUUGUGGCUCAUUUUCUGGCUCCUUCAUCGAGUACUUUGCUCACGACAUGAGCUAUCCAUUGAGGAGAAAGUACCCGAAAGCAGCCUCAGAGAGACUUACCAUCCCCAGUGAAUCGGCGGAUGUGAUUGAGGCACCAUUUCAGGAUGACGGCUUCAGUGACCAGCAUGAGGAGGUCAGCACGAGUUUAAAAAGGUUGCUGCCAGACCGAAGUCAUGCCACCCACGACCGUGCUAACGAAAAGCUGGUACAUUUCAUCGUAAAGCAGCGCAUGGUGGAAGGACGCCUUCUGUCUGUGAUCAGUGGGCAGCAGCCGUCCAGGUGGCUUCGCUCCUUUCGGAGUGGCGAUCGGAGUAGGGUGGUGAAUGUAUUCUUGGAAGAUGACCAGCAGUUGGACCAGGUCUACAGGUACCUGAAUGAACUCUACACAACAGCAGAGGCCAUCGACCCUUGUCUACAUGGGAUGGAAUCCAUGAAGCUUGUCUCCUUUGUCCUGGAUGUGCUUGUUCCUGAGGCCAUCAUCUAUGCCAUUGCUGGGGUGGACAAUGUCCCAGUAAAAAAGGCAGAAGAAAAGUACCUUAAAGGACGAUGCAUAAGUAAAAGAGAAAUACAGGAGUUUGACCAAAUGAUUGAGCGUCACAUGAGGUGUCAGAGCACUUCUGAUUUAUUGGAUGACCCCAUCAGUGAGAAGGCUGAUGUGAAAUAAUUGUAUUCUUUUUUUCAAACAUUUUUUUUACAAGCAACGAUGAAUGAUUUUGUGCCUUUUUUUUAUCUCUGAUAAAUCUGAAAUGAUUUAAUUCAA